GCGGCGUCACUCGCCCGUCCUUUCCAACAUGGCUGCGCCCAGCUCUUCCAUUCGGACGCUUCACCUCACAAAGAAUAAAGGCCUGAAAAGGAUUUUCUCAGGUAUUCAACCAACUGGGAUCCCUCAUCUGGGAAAUUACCUUGGUGCUAUCACAAAUUGGGUGAAGCUACAAGAAGAAUGCAGCUCCGUGCUAUACAGCAUUGUAGACCUCCACUCCCUCACGACACCGAGAGAACCGACCGUUUUACGCACAAACAUCCUAGAUAUCACUGCAGCUCUCCUUGCCUGCGGCAUAAAUCCACAGCAGUGCUUCCUUUUUCAGCAAUCUCAGGUGCCUGAACAUGCAGAGCUCAGCUGGAUUCUGGGGUGUUUCACCAGCAUUCCACGUCUGCAGCACUUUCCCCAGUGGAAGAUAAAGAAUGCCAACCAAAUGAAUGAAGGAACAGUUGGCCUGUUCACCUAUCCUGUCCUUCAGGCUGCUGAUAUUCUUCUUUACAAGUCAACGCAUGUACCUGUGGGAGAGGACCAAGUCCUUCACUUGGAGCUGACCCAAGAUACUGCCCGGCGCUUCAACAAGAAAUACGGGGAAUUCUUUCCGGUUCCCAAAGCCAUUUUGACUCCAGCGAAGAAGGUGAAGUCCCUCAGAGAUCCUUCAUCCAAGAUGUCAAAAUCAGAUCCUCAGAGAUUAGCCACAGUGGCCAUAACAGACAGCCCUGAUGAGAUAAAGCUGAAAUUUCGCAAGGCAGUCACUGACUUUACCUCUGAGGUGACCUAUGAGCCAGACCACCGCCCUGGUGUCUCCAAUCUCGUGGCCAUUCACUCUGCCAUAGCAGGGCUCAGCAAAGAGGAAGUGGUUCACCAGAGUAUUGGCCUUGAUACUGCUCAUUACAAAGCGGUGGUAGCGGAGGCAGUAAUCGAAAAACUUGCACCAAUCAGGAGUGAAUUCAAGAGACUAAAAGAAGACAGAUCUUACCUGGAGAAGGUGCUACAGACUGGAGCAGAAAAAGCCAAAGAACUCGCAGCACCUGUGUAUCUUGAAGUCAAAAGAUUGGUGGGAUUGCACUAGCCUCAAGGAAAAACAACUGAUACUUUUUAUUACUGAGUCCAGUCUUGUGUUCUUGACCCUGCUCCUGGCUGGACAUCUUUGUCCUUGGUUUGGGGCCAGAUCAUUUCCUGUCACGUGCAUUAACUGGGGAAUUUGAGAGAGCCCAGCAAGGCAGACGUGGAGAUCCACAAUGAAGGAAAGCCCUUUGUGCCCCUCCUGCCCCCAGUUGGAACCGAAUCAAAAGUAGAACCUAUUUGAUAAAAAAAUGCUGCAUUUGC